ACUGAAUCCUGAAGGUGGGUCAGUAGAACAGACUGCUGCCGCUGCUGAUGUCGCUGGUCGACAAACAGCAAGUGUUCCUUCGCGAUAAAUGUUUGUCAGGUGAAUAAAGCCUGCUAAUUCGGCUUUAUAUUGUUUUUAACAUAUCUUAGAGUGAUCAAACCAAGAGGAUAUCGGUCAUGAAGAACUUGUCUGUGCCCUUGUGCGCUCGAGCGCUUUUCUUGGCUCAAAUUCUGGCUUCCUUCCUCUUCAGCCCUGCGCUAGGCCAAAGUGAUGGCAGUGGCGUGGUGGUGGCCAUGUACAAUAUCAGCGCCCCCCAGGGAUCACAGGCGAUAUUGCAGUGUCAUAGUCAGCGCAUGGUAUGGACCCAAGACCGCCUAAAGGACCGCCAACGGGUAGUGCACUGGGAUUUACUUCGUAGUGGCCCAGACCAUGCAAUGGAACGUGUUUUAGACAUGUUUUCUGCUGGAGACCAGCGCAUCUACAAUGGCUACAACCAGGGACGCAUUAACAUGCCCAAGACUGCUUUUAAGGAUGGUAACUUCUCAUUGGUAAUUAAAGAUGUUGCAAUGAGUGACAAAGGAAUCUACUCCUGUAACCUGCAUCAUCAUUACUGCCACCUGUAUGAGUCAAUCAAAGUUCAGCUCAAUGUCACCAAAUCAGCACGUAAGGAGAGGCGGUUCUGGGACGGUCAGAAGGCUGUGUAUGUGGUUCUGGUGGGCACCACGGUGGUUCUCCCUUGCGUUAACCGCCGGCCCAUCUGGACCGAGGGCAACAGUCAGGAAGACCAACAACAGGUGGUGCACUGGGAUCGUCAACCUCCAGGGGUCCGACAUGACCGCGCCGAUCGACUCAUCGACCUGUACGCUUCUGGUGAGAGGCGUCACUACGGGCCACUGUUUGUUCAACAAAAGAUGAAUAUUUCUGCCACAGCAUUCUCGCAGGGAGAUUUUUCUCUGAUAAUCUCAGACAUCCAGCUCCUAGAUCAGGGGCUAUACUCCUGUCAUCUCCACCAUCACUACUGCGGCCUGCAUGAGAGACGCAUCUUCCAGCUUUCUGUGACCCCUCCGGUCCCUCAGAUCCCUCAGGAACCCACAGAUGAACCUCAGUAUCUUCCCAAUGAAGACCCAAACACCAAUAUGGUGGAAGUGCCGCCACAUGUCAUCAACGUCAUCUUGCCAGAGCAAAGGAGUCACUUCCUACAGCAGCUCGGCUACAUCCUGGCAACUCUCCUCCUACUGGCCCUUAUUGUGUUGGCUAUCGUUCUCCUCACACGUCACCGGAAAAGACCAGGCCGAGAUUUUGAUCCACGUAAAGUUGAAAGCCCACCGCUACCGACGGUGACGUAUGUGGGCCACACAUCAUGUGUUAAGAAAGAAUGUGAGCGAAGCAUCCCAGAGGUGAAGUCAAGCAACCAAGAGGAGACAAAGUUGGACUACAAAAACAAUCUUCUGAAGGAAGCUGAAAUGUCCAAACUUUGCUCCCCAAAAGCCAUUGACCUGGACAGAGAGAUGGAGAAGCCAUCUUGGAAAUAAGCGGUACCUUGCCACUGGCUGGUCCAGGGGGAGAUUUGGAAAUCUGGAAUUCAUGGAAGAAGAAUGAAAUGUGGAGAGGCGACAAUAUGGCAAGGAAAUAAGACAAAAGAAGGAGAGAUUUUCU